AUGUCCCAACCACCAAACAUCUACAUCAUCGGCGCUCAAUGCACAGGCAAAACAACCCUCGUCAAAAACCUCCACGCCAAUUUUGAGUCCAACUCCUCCCACGAACCGCCAGUCCUGAUCAUCGAAGUCGCCCGCACAGUUAUCAAGCAGCACUCCUUCACAGUAGCCGACGUCGUCAACCCAGACAGAAGCAUCCAGCUCCAAAGCCUGAUCCUACAAGCACAAGCCUCCGCCAAGAGACAAGCCACCCAAACCGGGCAAUGGUUCAUCUCCGACAGAUCAGGAGCUGACCCAAUCGCCUACCCCUUGCGAUAUGUAGAAGAAAGACGGGCCAACCAAUUGAUCCAGUCGGAUGAUGGGGUUAGGUUGAAGCCGGAGGAUGUGGAUGAUUGA